UAUUUAUUUGACGUUCAAGAUGUUGUUUCAAGCGUUAUUUCAUUUACAUGCAUCUGUGCAUUACAGUAUUAGCGUACAAAUAAGGCUUAUCUUUUCGUGAUUUUCCGAAUUAUAUCUUUAAGUACAAUAUACAGAGUGUCCUAAUAAGCAUGGUACAAUCGAAAAAAGUGAUUGAUUCUACUUUUAAAAAAAUAAAUCAAAAAUUCACCUAAUCUAAGAUAAUUUGCUAAAAAAUAAUAUAAUAUACGUGAGAAAUUUUGAGGAAAGAACUGGAAAUACAAGAUAUUAACGACGAUAGUACUUUGUGCUUACGUUUUGUAAUUGAUCUAUUAUAAUUUGAUAAAGUAAAAUAAAUCUACUUUGAUUAACUCAUUUCUAAUGGCACAAAUAAAUCAAAGCAUAUGUUUAACAUUACCCAAAAGUAUAACAAAACAAAUUAGUACAUGUGAAAAUAGUGAACAAUAUAUCACGAAUUUUUUACAAAAUGCAUUACCUUCCUCUGAUAUUGGUUCGGUAGCAGAUGAGUUAAGAAAGUCACUGAUAUUUGCUAAGCAUAAAAAUAAAUGGAACAAGAAAAAACGAUGUCAAGGAAAGUUAUUAACUAGUAGGAAACGAAUGCAGCUUGGUUUACGUAAGAUUAGUUGCAAAAGUGAUAUGAAAUAUACAGCCUUAUUACCAUUAAAUCAGUUAUGGCUAAAUUAUAUGGAACAAGUACUCGGCUCCAAAUUUUUUAAUAAUAUUCCAAAAGAUUCUACAGAUCCAAAUUGGGAAAAUGUUAAUCAACAAUUAAUUAAAGCAGAUUUUCAUGGUGCUGAAAUUUCCAUUGUUGGAUCAAAAUGUCCUAGUUUGAUUGGAUUAAGUGGCAUUGUAAUUCAAGAUACAAAAAAUAUUUUCAGAAUUUGUGGAAGAGAUAAUAUUAUGCGAACAAUACCUAAAGAUAAUGUUAUUAUAAAUAUUUAUUUAAAAAACAUAAAAUUGGAGUUUUUUGGAAAAGAUCUUUGUAUAAGACCUACCGAACGAACAAUAAAAAAGUUUAAAUGUGGGCGUAUAUACGAACUAUAG